AUUGCUACCGGUGGCAGAGGCCAAAGCCUUAGUCAUCCAUACCUGGGUACCUAAAGUGCUGGGUCAAAAGUCUGGCAACACCCGCCAUUUCACACCAAAUCGCUGGCCUUUGUCUUCCUCUUCUUUGAUUCUUCCGGGUCGCUCACGUGCACCCAUUCACGAGUGUCGUGUCUUCGACGUUCCCCUCUCGAACAGUUUGAGCAAAACUCUUUGCAGGCUCAAACCUAGCUAGAUUUGGCCCAGCUUUGCGGGUUCGUACCAACCUUAGAACAUAGCCAAGGUGUUUCAGUGCUCGUAGCUAAUGCAUUUUGCAAAGCAAUUCACAGAUCAUAUACAUACUAUGGAGAACCCUGCGACAGCAUCCUGGGGUCUGAGUAUCAGCGACGCAGACUUCGCGAAGCUCAAACGCGGUGUCAGGCCUCGGGAUAUGGAUGACAAAUGGAUCUUUAAAGCUAUGACGGAUGAAGAGCUGGCGGAUGAAGCGACGACGACGAAUGGAGCGACGACGGAUGAAGCGACAACGGAUAAGGAGCUGACGGAUGAAGAGCUGAUAGAUGAACUUCUGAUGGAUGAAGCGACGACAGAUGAAGCCCUGACAGAUAAAGCCACGUUGGAUCUGGAUCAGGAUGGUAAUAUAUCCAUCCGUCGAAGCUGGACAAACAAGGAGCUCUACAGACUUGCUGUCAAGCCAAGCGAGGGCGGCACCAGUGCGAAAAUCGAAGCCAUCACCUGGGAACAGAACCAGGGUGAUCGCAUCUCGGAAGAGCAAGCUAAGAUCGACGCCGUCAUUCUAUGCAGACAAAUCCUUGAGUGCGAUUUUGCUGCGGCUCCAGACUAUGACCCCUUGCUUUUUUCGGCUUUUCCUCGUGGAUAGCACGACUGUUCAGAACGGCACUAACUACGCGUCACAGGGAGGGGGUGAAUGGAGCUGACGGGCGACUUUGCCAGGUCAAGGAGGGCAGGAAAUCACGGCGGCGCGGAUGGCCAUGUUGACUGGGCAGACUGGCUGGACCAACCGAGACAGCUAUUAUUUACGGUUUAAAUAAAUAAGGCACAACCCAAAAGAACUUGGGUGAUUCGUAUCCGCGUCGCCGAAAAAAAGGAAAACGUUCAAUU